AUGAAUUUUGACGAAAUUGAAGAACAGGAUGGAAUCCGUUUCUCUUGGAAUGCUUGGCCAUCUUCACGUUCAGAAGCAACCAAGGCUGUGGUGCCUAUUGCAUGUCUUUAUACUCCAUUAAAAGAACGUGAAGACUUUAUAGAAAGUCCCAUUUGGUAUGAACCUGUUGUCUGUAAGGCACCCUGUCGAGCCAUCUUGAACCCUUAUUGUCAAAUUGACGUACGAGGAAAACUUUGGAUCUGUCCUUUCUGCUUGCAAAGAAACGCACUCCCUCCUCACUAUAAAGAUAUCUCCAACACCAACCUUCCAGCCGAACUUUUACCCAAGUAUACAACAAUUGAAUACAACCUGAACCGUGUUGCUCAAAUUCCACCCAUCUUUUUGUUUGUGGUCGACACUUGUCUUGAAGAAGAUGAUCUCAAAGCACUCAAGGAGUCUAUUAUUGUUAGCUUGAGCUUGUUGCCUGAAUAUGCUUGGGUUGGUUUGAUUACAUUUGGUACUAUGACUCAAGUGCAUGAACUCGGCUUUGCUGAUUGUCCUAAAUCCUUUGUUUUCAGAGGUACCAAGGAAUACGCUGCAAAGCAAGUCCAGGAAAUGUUGGGUUUGACUAGCAGUAACCCUACUCGCCCUCUUCCCAAUCAACAACCCAACCGUCCACAGAUGGCAGCUAACCGAUUCUUACUUCCCGUCAAGGACUGUGAGUUUGUUUUGACGUCUAUUCUUGAAAACCUUCAGCGUGAUCCUUGGCCAGUAGCUGAGCAUAAACGUCCUGAAAGAUGCACAGGUGUUGCUAUGAGUGUCGCCGUAGGUCUUUUGGAAACCACUUUCCCUAAUACUGGUGCUCGCAUGAUGCUCUUCAGUGGCGGUCCUGCUUCUGAAGGCCCUGGUAAAGUAGUAGGUGAUGAAUUAAGAGAGCCUAUCCGAUCACACCACGAUAUCGAAAAGGAGACUGCCAAACAUUAUAAAUCAGCCACAAAGUUUUAUGAAGCACUUGCCAAACGAGCUGCUCAAAAUGGACACACAAUCGAUAUCUUUGCAGGCUGUCUGGAUCAAGUCGGUUUGUUAGAAAUGAGAUCCAUGGUCAACCACACAGGCGGUUUCAUGAUUCUGGCAGAUUCAUUCAACACGGCUAUUUUCAAGCAAAGUUAUCAGCGUAUCUUUGCAAAAGACAGUCAAGGACACUUACAGAUGGGUUUCAACGCCACUAUGGAUGUUCAAACAACACGCGAAUUAAAGAUUUGUGGUUUGAUCGGUCAUGCUGUCUCUGGUAACAAGAAAUCUUCCUUUGUGGGUGAAACCGAGAUUGGUAUCGGUAACACCUCUGCUUGGAAGAUGUGUUCCUUGAAUGACAAGACGACACAUGCCGUCUACUUUGAAGUUGUCAACCAGCCUACGCCCUUCCAACCUGGCUCUCGUGGACUCAUUCAGUUCGUUACUCAUUACCAACACUCAAGUGGACAGUUCCGUCUUCGUGUAACGACUGUAGCUAGAAACUUUGCUGAUGGACAGAGCCCAGAGAUUGCCAAUUCUUUUGAUCAGGAAACAGCUGCCGUCUUGAUGUCUCGUAUUGCCGUAUUCAAGGGAGAGAUUGAUGAUGGACCUGAUGUGCUACGUUGGUUGGAUCGUAUGUUGAUCCGUCUCUGUCAAAGAUUUGCUGAUUACCGCAAGGACGAUCCUCAUUCAUUCAGACUAUCAGAGAACUUUUCUAUCUACCCUCAAUUUAUGUUUCAUCUGAGACGUUCUCAGUUCUUGCAAGUGUUUAAUAAUUCACCUGACGAAACUGCCUUUUAUCGCCAUACCUUGAACCGUGAAAACGUUGAUAACUCACUGAUUAUGAUUCAACCUACGUUGACAUCUUACAGCUUUGACGUGCCACCUCAGCCUGUUUUGUUAGAUUCUAUCUCUGUUAAGCCUGAUGUUAUCUUACUCCUGGAUACCUUCUUCCAUAUCCUAAUCUUCCAUGGUGACACUAUUGCUCAAUGGCGUAAUGCUGGUUAUCAAGAUCAAGAAGGAUAUGAAAACUUUAAGCAACUUUUAGAGGCACCUGUCUUGGACGCCCAAGACUUAUUGAUGGACCGCUUCCCUGUAUCUCGUUAUAUUGUAUGUGAUCAAGGUGGAUCUCAAGCCCGUUUCUUGCUUUCUAAACUGAAUCCUUCAACGACACACACUUCUGGAAGCCCCUAUAGUGCUCCUGGUGGUGCUGUGGUACUGACUGAUGAUGUCAGUCUCCAAGUCUUUAUGGAACAUUUGAAAAAACUGGCUGUUGCUGGUGCUUCUUAA